UUUACUUUUCUUCACCGUGGAAACUGGCUUCACUUUAGAACCGUUCUAGCACACCACGAAAAUAGAAAGAUACCCAUCCUAUAUAAUCGAAUUCGUCACACACACAAUCCCCCAGUUACUCUCCUCGUUUCAUUCUUUUUCCUUCUUUUGUCUUCCCUUAGUUUGAAGAUCAUGGGGAGAGGGAGGGUUCAGCUGAAGCAGAUCGAGAACAAAAUCAGCCGCCAAGUGACGUUUUCCAAAAGGAGAACUGGGCUGCGCAAGAAAGCCAACGAAAUCUCUGUGCUCUGUGAUGCUCAAGUAGCACUGAUUGUGUUCAAUGCUAAAGGGAAGCUUUUUGAGUAUUCUUCUGAAUCCAGCAUGGAAAACGUGCUGGAACGAUAUGAGAGACAUGCCCAUAUAGGGCAACUUGUUGGAGACGGAGAUGAUUCACAGGGAAACUGGUCCUUACAAUGCUUCAAGCUCACCGGCAAAGUUGAAGUCUUAGAGAGGAACUUGAGGAACUUUGUGGGACAAGAUCUGGAUCCCUUGAACUUGAGAGAGCUUCAGAGUUUAGAGCAUCAGCUUGACACAGCUAUAAAGCGGAUCCGAACUAGACAGAACCAAGUUAUGAAUGAAUCCAUCUCAGAUCUGCAGAAAAAGGCAAGGCAAUUGCAAGAGCAAAAUGGCACCCUUACAAAGAAGAUUAAGGAGAAAGGGAAGCCAGUGGUUGAACCUCCACACUGCGGGCCAGAAACCUUAGGUCUAACAUUCCCUCCAGAGCUACAACCACAACAAAGACUAGUUCCUUCUUUAACACUCUGUGAGACCUUGCAAGCAGCGCCUCUGGAGGAAGUUGUUGAAGCACGAACAGUUCCUACUGCCACUACUCACAUCCCACCAUGGAUGCUGCAUCCAUUUACAAGAUAAAUUAAUCGGCAUGACACCGUUAUGUUUGUGACAUGUGAUUAAUGUUAAAAGCAUAAGCUAUAUAUAUCUAUAUGUCAAAAACAUAAUGUUAUAGCUAAUUGUUAAGUUUGAUAAUUAACUGCUCGUCCUUGUAAGUACAGGAUGUGCCCUCCAAAUUUGAUCGUUUGCCAAAAAAAACAUUCAUAGACGAAGGCUACUACAUGGUGCAAGAGUGCAAGUGAUUUGUAUAAGAAACAGUUAAAAUGGCUUUAUUAUUUUUAGUUUUCAUUUUGUUUAA